ACAAGUGACAAGAAGAUCAAUGCGUACAUUCGAUAAACAUAUUGCCUGCGAAUCAACACGAAAAAAUAAAAACGAAUUUCGAUUUCGUUAAAAUUGCACUCACCAUUUUAAAUAAAAUUCAUUUUGAUCGUUUCAAAUUUUUUGGAAAUUUUAUCGUAAUUUGACAGUGACUUUUAAAUAUAUAACAAAAAAUAUAGUAAAAAUGUACUCGAUGAGUUCAGUGGCUACGAAUGAACAGCCGAUUCCAAGUGAAAUCAAUCAAAGUAAUCUCGUCACUCCGUAUUCGUCGCCAUUUAUGUCCAGACCGUCACUUUUUUCAAGUUCACACCAUCAGCAUCAACAGUAUGAGACUGUUGUUAAUCCACAAUCACCGAUACCACAAUCAAAUGUAUUUCAAUGGCCAAUGCGCGCACAUGAAAUGGUUUCUUCACCAGAAUCUCGAUUUUCGUCAUUGGAUGUGCCAGAAAAUGGUGUGCCUUGGAAGUGUCCACAGUGGAUGGCCAAUCAAAAUAUUCAACCUGGCUCGUAUAUGAAUUUUAAUGCGCAACAAUCACAUCAUCAACAACAACAACUACGAUUCUCAGUGCCAUUCAAACGAAAAGCAACAGCAGAUGCAGAGCCAAUUCAAUCGAAACAACUGAUAACGGAAGAAAAGAUGGCCGCACAUCUGAAUGGAUUACAUAUUUCAUCCGAUUUCACCGCACAUGAUAUAAAUCAAACAACGAAUGAAGCAUCUGAUAUUGAUUCAUUCAGUUCGUAUCCACCUUCGCUCCAAGACAUCGAAGAAAAAUUGAAACGGGCUCAAAAGAUCACGGUAGCAGAGGUGGUGAAAAGUAUUCAAGAGGAGCCCUUAUUGCCAGCAGCCAUAAUGGAACGCUUCGAAAAACCAUGCAAAGCUCUCGUCAUUUGGCAACCGCCGCAAAAAAUUACCGAAUAUAUCAUAUCAAAGGCAGUGCAAGAACAACAAAACAGCGAUGAUGAAAAUGCCGAUAAUAACAAUGUCGAAUUUACGGAUGCAACAAAUACAUUCGACUCGCAAAUGGAUUUGGAUAGUUAAGUUUGUAUUCAUUACAAUAAUUAGUUGGUAAUUUCAUACAUGAAUGUUAACGUUUAAGCCUUCCCUCAUAAAACAUUGUUGUCACACGACGAUUAAAAAUCAUCAACAAUGAAAACGUAAAUAAAAGGAAAAUUCGGAAGUUUUUUUUAAUGUAACAUAAA